UUCGCACGCAGAGAAAAAGUUUGACUGGGGUGUGUGUGCCACAUCUGGAAUAGUAGCUCCGCGGUUAGACGCUGUUAGAGCGGGAUCUCACUGGUUUAUUUCACCAACGCUCCAUUUCACCUAUUUUCCAAGGAACUCUAUUUCUCAACUUAUCUUUUAUCCGCCUCAAGAUGCUGCUCAUUCUUCUCGGAGUGCUUGUUUUGCACCUUAUCAUUCUGGUGCUUCUGUUUGUCUCAACGGCGGCAAACGCGUGGACUGUAGGGGGCACCAGCAGCCAGGAUCUUUGGUACAGAUGCAUGACCGUCAAUGGUGGCUACCACUGCCAAGCCGCCAGCAAUGAAGACUGGAUCCAGGCAGUGCAGGCUCUCAUGGUGCUGUCCGUGCUCUUCUGCUUCUUCUCCCUCAUCGCCUUCCUGUAUCAGCUGUUCAGACUGGUCAAGGGCGGACGCUUCUUCUUCACUGCCGUCUUCCAGAUCCUGGCCAGUCUGUUUGUGAUGUGUGGAGCCAUCAUCUACACGGUGAUGGCUCCUGACGAAGGGGCGGGCACCUCCUACGGCUACGCCUACGUCUUGGCCUGGGUGGCUUUCCCUCUGUCCCUCAUCAGCGGCCUCAUCUACAUCAUCUUGAGGAAGAGGGAAUGAGAGUGGUGACGUAGAGGGGGGACAGAGCGUCUGGGGUGGAUAUAGCAGACCCUAGCUCACCCAUAGUGCGCAAUCAAAUGGGUUAUUUUAUGAUAUCAGAGAACGCCGAUCGCGGUCGGCAACCUCUACUCUAUUUCCGCAAAACUGCAUAAAAGUCGGAACAUUGACGUCAUUGAUUGGGAAUUCGCGUUCUGUGUCGGUCCGAAGCCGAAGUACGAUGCUAAUGAUCCAACUUUUCCGAGUUUUUUUCCGUGGAAACGCAGUAGAGGUUGCGUUCCGCGAUGGAGCGGUACUCUCCUAUAUAUAAAAAGUUUAAAGUUAAAAUACAGUUCAAAUAAAGUGCCUACUGCCCACAGACCAUCUAGACUAGCGUCCAAACAUCGGAGAACAAGUGCAAUGCAGUCGCUUCGUAGUAAAAUGCCAAUUGAGACGUCGGGUUGUCAUUAUUUUUGUAAACUAUCACUUGAUCCCAAAACAUAUUAUGCCGGAAAAAAAAAAGAAAA